GUUACCAUUAGUAAAGGUUAUACUAUCGUCUAGUCACAUGGUCCCGUGGUCUCAUGGUUAAAUGGUCAUAUAGUUUUAUAACCAAACAUACAGGUAUAUGAACAAUUCAUUUUUAACGUAGGAAUACUUUGUAACAGUUAGAAAGAAUGUCUUUUGGAAGUUUUCCGAAGAUAGCGAUAGGAUGUAAUUCUUUUUACAGGAUUAUAGCUACCGGUAUAGGAAUCUAUUCUUUUGCAGCUGCGAGAAACGACAUAAAUGCAAGGAGAUACAAAAAUAUGAUAGAAAAACAUCAUCAACGCUACCGUGAUAUUGCUCCGUAAACCAUUUACUUGAGGAUUUAUAAAAAAUUGUAAAAUAACAAGAUUAAAAAGAAAGAAAAAAAAUGGCCGCAUUACCUCAAUUUAGCGAAGAACAAUUGAAGUUGGUACAGGAUAUAGAAAUAGAAAUGAUGACUGAUAUGUUUCACCGUAUGACAACUGCAUGUCAUAAAAAGUGUAUUCCACCAAGAUAUAGUACCUCAGAGUUAACCAAGGGAGAAUCAGUAUGUCUAGAUCGGUGUAUUGCUAAAUAUUUGGACGUGCAAGAACGUAUUGGGAAAAAGCUGCAACAAAUUUCCAUGCAAGAUGGCAGAAUUGUAGACCAACCGAAACUAAAUUGA